AUGUCCUUAAAGCACGCGAAUAAGGACUUUCCAACACUCGGAAACCGCGCCUGCGCCGCAAACAUCAAGCGCCUAAUCAAUAAAAACAUAAAAUUUAGUGCGCAAGGAGCAUCAGCAGCAGCAGCAGCAGCAGCAGCAGCAGGAACAGGAACCGAACAAAAACAAUAUUCCCGAAGGACGCCAGCAGAACGCACAGCACUUUCCGUUGAGGCCGAGAAGGGGCGCAUUGUGGCGCAAGAGGCAGGACAAUCGGGAACAGAGGAUACGCACAUUGAGUAUUUACUGUCGCAAAGGGCCCAUCUGAGGAGCUGAGCAGCCAGGUGAACCAAUCAGGUCCGAGGAGGACCCAGCCACAGCCAGCAGGCAAGUCGAAGUAGCGCAAGU